UAGGAUAAAUGUUUAAGCCUGUCGCUCCCUCCAUCAUCCAUGAUAACGACUCAAUCUUUUUUUUUAACAUGUACUUUCUCCUCCAGCAAUAAUCUCAGGACUGCUUCAUUGAUCGUUGAAUUGGUUCUGCUGUGAUUCUAGCUUCAACUUGUAUGCGACCUACACUCAUCUCAAAGCUUCGAGCAACAUCUAUCACAGCCAAAAUGCCUGUUCAUCAUCUCAUGGUUGGUACCUGGACACCUCCAGGUGCUAUCUUCACUUUUGCCUUCGACGACGAAGCUCUUACACUUAAGCUCGUGAAAAGGACCGAGAUUCCCAAGGACGAGCCAAUCUCAUGGAUGACAUUUAGUCAUGAUCGCAAAGCUAUUUACGGUGCUGCCAUGAAGAAGUGGUCCAGCUUCGCCGUCGAAUCGCCAACUUCGAUAACUCACCAAGUCUCUCACCCAAUGGAGCACGAUCCCAAUGCUUCUCUUGCCACCACAAACACCCGUGCCAUCUUCCUUCUCGCAGCGAACAAGCCUCCUUAUGCCGUCUACUGCAAUCCUUUCUACGAUCACGCUGGCCACGGCGCUGUCUUCACCACCGAUUCCACCACAAAGGCUCUCAAGGAAAAUGUUCAAAACUAUCCUUACCAGCCUAACACGGGUAUUCACGGAAUGGUCUUUGACCCUGAGGAAGAGUACCUCUAUUCUGCCGACCUCCGUGCUAACAAGCUCUGGACCCAUCGCCGUGUCAGCAAGGACGAUCCUUCUCUUGAGCUAGUUGGUUCUGUCGAUUGUCCUGAUGCUCGAGACCACCCUCGAUGGGUAGCCAUGCAUCCUACUGGAAACUACCUCUAUGCUCUUAUGGAGAAGGGCAACCGAAUUUGCGAGUACCUCAUCGAUCCAGCAACUCGUCUUCCCGUUUACACCCACAAGCACUACCCUCUGAUUCCUCCAGGUAUCCCCGAUAGGUGGACACAGUACCGCGCUGAUGUCUGCGUGGUUUCGUCGUCGGGCAAGUAUCUCUUUGCCUCGUCCCGUGCCAACUCCUUCGACCUGACAGGUUAUGUGGCCGCCUUCAAGCUCUCGGAUACCGGCGCCAUUGAGCGCCAGAUCUGCCUGAAUCCUACACCUACGAGUGGUGGACACAGUAAUGCGGUUGCGCCUUGCCCUUGGACAGACGAGUGGGUAGCGAUCACGGAUGACCAAGAAGGUUGGCUGGAGAUCUACCGCUGGCAAGAUGAGCACCUCGCCCGUGUUGCAAGGGUUAGAACACCAGAGCCUGGCUUCGGCAUGAACGCCAUCUGGUAUGACUGAGAGCACAUUAGUAUGGAUGAAUAGAAGAAGAAUAAAGUUACAAUGAGACAAAAUUUGACGUCAAAGAGUAUUAUAGUUGCC